AAAAUUAUGUAUUGUAGAUAAAAGUUGUAAAUUUUAGUGAAAUAAUCAAAAAAAAAUUGAGGAAAUAUGGAAGACCCUAAUACUGAUAGCGUUUGCCGGCCUUUUACACACGUGGACAUGAUCAUCGAUUGGAGAGCACCGGAGGUGACGAGCACGUGGGCGUUCCACGUGGUCGAGCUGAGGAGGAGGAGCAAUUUCUGCGUGAAAGGAUAUUCCAAGUGUACUGCUGGCGCUGUGCCGCCUCAGCUCCUGAAGAGGUCCGAAUGUCCCAAGACCCUCUACUGCCACGAUAUGCAGGGUGGAUAUCUCGAAGACAAAUAUUCCUUCGGGAGCCAGAAGAAGGACGAAUUCCAGUUCUUCCGAUGGUCGGGCAUCGAUAUAUUCGUCUACUUCACGAGAAACCUGCUGACCGUGCCACCUCUUGGCUGGAUAAACGCCGCCCACAGAAACGGCGUUAUCGUCUUAGGGACUCUGGUCUCCGAGCCGGGCACCGAGUGCAUCUGGGAUCUGAUCCUCCAUUCGGACGAGAGCGUCGACAACUUCGCGAUUAACAUGGCUUCGAUUUGCUUCUAUUACGGCUUCGAGGGGUAUCUGCUUAACAUAGAGCACGACAUCGUUUGCGAGAAGGUCGAACUUUUCAUCUACUUCAUCGAGACUCUGAGGAGGCACUUGAAAAGCAUCGACGAGGACAAUCUCCUCAUAUUCUACGACUCUCUCACCUACCCUGAAGGACGACACGAAUACCAAAAUGUCCUCAAUGAUAACAAUUGGGUUUACUUUAAUUUGACUGACGGGAUAUUCAUAAAUUACAACUGGCUCGAGUCCUAUUUGUCUUCCAUGAAAGAGUAUCUUAACGUAUCGCCUGACCGUGUUGUCGAUGUAUUUCUCGGCGUUGAUGUUUACGGCAGAGGAAGCCAAAACGGAGAAUUCAGGACGGACAAGACUAUUGAAAAAGUCCGUAAGUAUGGCAUGUCUGUGGCGCUUUUUGCCCCUUCUUGGGUGUACGAGUCAUCGUCCAACAGGAAGGAGUACAUCCAGAACGACUACCAAUUUUGGAACCAGUGCUACGAGCACAUGUACAUCGCGGGCACGACUGUCCUUCCGUUUCAGACUUGCUUUUCCAUCGGGCACGGCAACAACUACUACGAAAACGGAAACAUCAGGCAGGCCGGACCUUGGUACAACUUGGCCAGAAUGGCUAUCCAGCCGUCGGAGACGAUCGGGUACGAAGGAUACGUCGACAACACAUGCAUGUGCUAUUACGAACUGGACGCGUACAAAGGCGGCGGAUGUCUACUCAUAAAACAAUAUGAAGGAGAACCGCAUUACGACCGGCUUUUCAUGUGCGAUUUUAAAGUUAGGAAGAACGAUAAGCUCAUUUUCAAGUACGUUUCAAAAAACAAUGUACAAGGGACUGACACACGUCUUGAGUUUUUAAUUGCAUAUACAAAUGAAGACUUUCAACCGAGUACAAGAUGUAUAACUAUGCCAAAAGAUGCACCUGAGGUCAUGAGUCCGGAUGAACAUAUUGGUUUAUGGUUGACGCAUGAAUUUGUUAUAACAUGCCCAGCAGAUAUAUCUAUAAUAGAAAUAGCUCUUAAGCUCGUCGGUGACAGAGUGUCUGAGUUGCUCCUGGGUAAACUUUACAUCGAUCUUAUCCAGGAUCAACCAUACUUCGACGAGCGGUUCAGAACACUCAGAUACAGGCCAUGGUACAAGAAUAUUUCCAGAGAAUGCAUAUGACGUAUACUGUUGUCACAUGAUUUUAUCCUAAAUAAAAACUUGUACGGAGCAAAUGUUUUAUUAUUCGU